GGGAGGGAGAAAAAUCCCCACGAAACCCUGUUGGCUUCGUGUAAAGAGGGAGUGGGGAAGCUCUCCUGCAACAAUUCCGUGCCCCGAGAGAGGGAGAAAGACAGAGGCGAAGGGCGAGAGUGAUGGCGGCGGUGAGGGCGGGCUUUCGGCGUCUUUUCUCCAUUUCUGCCUUCUCUCCUCCGCCUCCCGCCGCUGCGGCUCCGGCGGCCGAGCCGUCGCCCAACCUCUUCAUCUCAGGGCUUAGCAAGCGUACUACAUCAGAGGGACUCAGGGAAGCAUUUUCAAAAUUUGGUCAAGUAUUCCAAGCAAGGGUUGUGACUGAUCGUGUAUCAGGAUAUUCUAAAGGUUUUGGUUUUGUAAGCUACGCAACAGUAGAAGAAGCAGCAGAAGGCAUAAAAGGCAUGGAUGGCAAGUUUCUGGAUGGUUGGGUUAUUUUUGCUGAGUAUGCUAGACCCAGGCCGCCUCCACAAGGACAGCCACAACCUCAAACAACACCACCGCCACCUCAGAUGUCAGAGUCUCCAUCUGGCUAUCAGUAGAGAUUUGAGGACCUCCAGAAAUUUUGAUAUUUAUGGGAGCAAAACAAGUUUUCAAAUGUUUGAAUGAGUGCCUUGAUUGCACUGAUUGUCAUUUGAUGGAAAGCUGGAUAUAUUUGAUGAUGUAAUGGAAAUAUGAUCCAAGUUUGAAAGACUUAUUAUAAAGACCUAUAAUUUGCUCA